AUGGCUAAGGAGAACGUUUAUACCAAGCGAAUUCGUGAUAUCAGUGGCCCCAAGGACAGGAUGCGGAGUGUGGUAUCAUCUAUUUCCCGUGGACGUUCGUCUCAGAAUUCUUUGAGCGGGAUUUGUUUCAUUUCUUUCCUUUUCCUUUGUCAAGAAAUAAGGAAGAAAAAUAUUCAAAAUGGCAAACGCAUCUCUAUCUGUUGGUGUUGGUUUGCUUCUUUCUUUCUUUCUUUCUUUCUUUCUUUCUUUCUUUCUUCAUUUUACUUACCACUUUAUUUCUUUUCUUCUUUCUUUUUUCAUUCCUAUUUUUCUAAUACUUUUUUUUCUAUAUCGUUUUUCAUUUGUCUUUGUAUUUUCUUUCUUUCUUUCUUUCUUUCUUUCUUUCUUUCUUUGUUUCUUUCUUUGUUUCUUUCUUUCUUUCUUUCUACAACGAAUCAAUCAAUCAAUUUGUCUUUCUUUCUUUCUUUCUUUCUUUCUUUCUUUCUUUAUUUAUUUCUUUUUUUAUUAAUUUCUUUCUUUCUUUCUUUCUUUCUUUCUUUUUUUAUUAAUUUCUUUCUUUCUUUCUUUCUUUCUUUCUUUCUUUCGGAAGAACACAGAUACAAUUAUGUUCUCAUUUUCUUUCAAUUCUUUUGUCUUUUUUCCUUCUACACUCCGGCCAUUUAUGGCAAAUUAAAUGGCGUCCGGCAGCUUUUCGCGUCUUCAUCCGACACUGUUUCUCUUCUUUAUUUCUUCUGGCUGCCGGCAUCGUUUCAUUGA